UUUUUGAUUCUGGAAAAAUGAAAAUUUAUUUGAAAUUGAAAAAAUCUUUACUUCAUAAACACAAAAAAAAGACAAGGAAACACGUUGAACUGAAUGAGUAUAAAAAACAACAAUGUACAUAUAAAGGAAGCGGCUUUUUCUAUGCAUUGUUCAUACAUUGCAAGUUGAUUAGAAUUUUGAUAAAUUUAACAAGCAUUGUUCCCUGCACACAGAACGUAUCGUUACAAGUUGCUCAUUUUUCUUUUUAAAAUUUUUAAUUUUAAAAAUGUCAACAAUUCAUCGUGAUCAUCAUCAUCAUCAUCAUAACCGUCACAAUAAUGAUGAUGAUUAUUAUCAUUCUGAUUAUAGACAUGAUAAAUAUGAUAGACGAAAUUAUGACCAUAAAGACAAUAGAGAUUAUUGGAUAAAACGACGAAAACAACGUGAAUCGAUUGGCCGAAAUGGUGUCGGUUAUAUUUGGAAUACAUCACCAAUACCUACGGAUAAUAGUGAAACAUCAAAUGAUGAUGAUGAUGAUAAUUUUGAAAAUAUUAAUGAUAUGAAUGGAAAAAAUGAUCGUAAAAAACGUAAACAUAAACAUAGUAGCAAACAUAAAUCGAAAAAGGAAAAGAAGAAAAAACGAAAAAAAGAUAAACAUAAAAAGCGAAGACAUUCAUCAUCACCAUCACCGUCAUCAUCGUCAGAAUGUAAUAAUGAUGAUGAAAUAAAAUUCCGAACAGCUGAAGAGGAACAAUUUGUCCGUGAAUUUAAUGAGAAACGUAAAUUGAAUGAAAAACAUGAUGAAAACGAUGAAAGUGAUAUUGUUGGACCAGCACCGAUUGAAACAUUAGAGUUGAAUAAUCGUGAUUUCGGUAAAGCAUUGUUACCAGGUGAAGGUGCAGCAAUGGCUGCAUUUGUAAACGAAGGUAAACGUAUACCACGUCGUGGUGAAAUCGGUUUGACUAGCGAUCAAAUUGAAUCAUUUGAAGAAGUUGGCUAUGUAAUGAGCGGUAGUCGUCAUCGUCGUAUGGAAGCUGUACGUAUACGUAAAGAAAAUCAAAUCUAUAGUGCAGAUGAAAAACGUGCAUUGGCAAUGUUUAAUAAAGAAGAACGUACAAAACGUGAAACCAAAAUUCUAACACAAUUCAAAGAGAUGAUUAAACAAAAACAAUCGAAUAAUUGAUUUAAGAAAUUUUUUUUUUUUUUUUCAUCAAUUAAUUAAUACCAGAUAUUAUAUGUGCAUAUGUGUGUGUGUGCAUGUAAGUUUUGUAAUAAUGUAAAUAUUUGAUUAAUAAUGAAUAAAUCAAUUUUUUGAAACAAACAAAA